CUAUAUAAACAUUUUUAGUCUCCUCCUCUCUCUCAUCAUACCACACGAUAUUCUCUCUCUCUUAUGAUUUAAAACGCUAAAGAAACCUAUCUACAUCGUAAUCUCUCUUCUUUCCAAACAAUGGCAGAAAAAGCAGCAUCAUCGCCAUUGAAACGCCAAAGAGAAGAAUAUGAACAAGAUACCAUGCUUCAAGAAGAUACAAAAAGACAAAAGCCUUCUUCAUCUUCUACCGUGUACAAUCAAGUACAAUGUCUCUUAUAUGAUGAAGAAGCAAAAAAUGAAGCAGAACAUGAUUUAGCUUCCCUAAUCACCUCACUUCAGCAAGAGAUCUCUACGGAAGAGGAAAACGCUGCCGUUUUUGCGAAUCCUGCUCUCUCUUCUUCGGCUUGCUCCUCCUCCUCUUCUUCGUGUGAUUCAAAGGAAGACGAGUAUGAAGGCGAGAAGGAGAAAGUGAUGAAGCAUCUUCUUGAAGCUUCCGACGACGAACUAGGGAUACCUAACACUGACUUUGGCGGGAGUCAUUAUGAGAUGAUUAAGAAUGAAACUAAUCAAGAUUACAUUGAUGAGUUUAGUUUAAUAGAUGAUGGUUUUGGUAAUGGGCUUUGGGAGCUUGAAGAUGAAGCUGCUAACUAUUACACGUUACUGCAGUCAGAACUGUUCAUGUAGAAGUUCAUAGGGGUAGAAUAGGGAAACAAGCAAGAAGUUGGGUAAAAAUGAAAAAGUAAAGACCAAAUAUGAUGAAGAAAAAAAUUUGAAUAUUUUAUGGAAUUAUUCCUUUUUAUUACUGGGUUUCUCUUUUAUUUGUUUUAGCUACUAUAUUUAUAUUUCUUUCUUUCAUUAGUUAUUAAAUUUCUAGUGGGACUACUGAUAAUGAUAUACUA